GACCAUUCCAAACUUGUCAUCUACAGUAUCCUGACGCUCCUUCCCCUCCCUUUCAUCGAAACCAUCGUGUGUUGGUCGAUACUCGAAUACCAGUGAUCGAAAUUAUUCCAAAGCUUCCGUCGUAAAGAUGUCAUGUUCUAUGGGUUUUCACUCGCGAUUGACAUCCUCAUCCAGGAUUCCAUCUUUCGAAUUUGUAUCUGGGUCAACCGCAGUUUCUCCACCUGCAGUGCGCUGCCCUGGUCGUCGUUCACACACCUCCAGCAGCCUUAAAGUCGGCAUCAAAAUCAAAACUUGCUCAAGAAGGAUUGAUUCUACGCGAUGCUUUGCUGCAUUAAAUCCAGAGUUAAAGACUACAUUGGAUAAAGUUGUUACAUCACACAAGGUGAUUCUUUUCAUGAAAGGAACUAAGGACUUUCCACAAUGUGGAUUCUCAAACACAGUUGUUCAGAUUUUGAGAUCAGCCAAUGUACCUUUUGAAACAAUUAAUAUUCUGGACAAUGAAAUGUUACGUCAAGGGUUAAAGGAGUAUUCUCAAUGGCCAACAUUUCCACAACUCUACAUUGAUGGGGAGUUCUUUGGGGGUUGUGACAUAACUGUUGAAGCAUACAAGAGUGGAGAAUUGCAGGAACUAUUGGAGAAGGCGUCAUUAUCCUGAUUCAUAUAAGUUUAUUUCCUUCAUAAUUGUAGAAAAACAUGUUAUAUUAUUCCAUACAUGUAAUCGACUUUUUGAUUACUGAAAGGGAGGUUCUGUAAGUUGUAUUUAUGAAAGAAUGUCUUCAUGUGUGUUUCAGUGAUGUAUAUGGAGAAAAAAAGAUGCAUACAGAAAUCCAAUUCAUUCAGCCUUCAACAUGCCUAUUAUUACUAUCA